UUUUAGGUUUAUUAUGGAGGCUAUAAAAAGUAUUAUUGAAAACAACAAAAUAAGAGGCCGUUCAAAUGAAUAUGAAAAUAAUUACCAAGGAUUUAAAUUUAUGCCUGAUUCUGAUGGCAAAACUCGAUUUAUGAGUAGUGAUGGUUCUAUUAAAAUUAGAAGCAAAUCUGGUAGUUUUAUUGAUGAUGACGGCAAUGAGGAAAAAGAAUUGCGCCGUUCUUCUCGAGUUAAAGACCGUCAUUUUUCGCAAUCUUAUGAAUUUUUGAACAUUCGUAGCCGUAUUAUUCGAAAAUCUGGGAAGAUGCUUGAUUUUAGCAGUAGCUCUCCUGCUAAUUUUACAAAUUCAGAUAAAGAAGUUUCGAAUAACUUAUCUGAUAAAAAAGAUGAUUUAAUGACUUCAAAUGGGCAGGAAGAAGAGGAAGGGAAUAGCGGUUUUGUUCAACCGGAGUUGUCACAAGAGGAUUUUCUUAAGGCUCAAAAACGUCAAAAUGAUACUGGUAUAGAAGACUCUGAUAAUGAUGAACGUGAAAUUUCUACUGCUCCAAUGCAAUCUUCUGGAAGUAAUGAAGAGAAUAGAGAUUUGGGUAAAUUAGCAGCAAACAAUGAAGAAUUAAUUCAAACUCCGAAAGAAACUUUAAAUGUUCACGAGACUUCAAAUAUUCUCAAUACUUCUCAAGCAAGCUCAAAGCGAAAUUCGAAGAAAGAACGUCGUCGAUAUUUGGAUGGUGAAUAUAUUGCAGAGAAAAUUCUUGAUGAACGUGGAGUUGGAAAGAGAAAGGAAUAUCUGAUUCAAUGGAUUGGUUAUUCUGAUCAAACUUGGGAAUUGGCUAGUCAUUUUCAGCAAUUUACUAAACUUAUUGAUGAAUUUCAAGAAGCUAAAAAGAAUAAAUUGAAUGAUUCGAAUAAUAAAGAGGAGGGAUCUGAUAAAAAUGUUAAAAAACGAAAAAUGCGUGCAAAAAGAAGUUAUUGGCAUUAUUUGGACAGUGAUGAGGAUGAUGAAUCUGAGGAAAUCUCAUCUUCUAUGCAGCAAGGAAGACAGAAAUAUAGUCGAAAAUCAAAAGAUAACUUUAUUGCUGCUGAACUUCCACCAUCAAGGCGUGGAAGCGAAGGAUUGAUUAUUAAGAAAAAGAAGGAGGAUUCGGAUAAUAAAGUUGAAAAAGAAAAACAAAAUGAAGAAAAGAAGAAGAAAAUUGAAGAAAAUUUGCAAAAAACGCCAGAACAAGGAAAGGACAAAAAGUCUUUUCCAGAAAUUGUUGAACGAAAAAAGAGGACUGGUAGACGACGUGGACGACCAUCACUUGUUAGUAUUUCUUCUAAAAAUUCGGAGGUUAGAGAUGUUGAAGUACCUGAAGUUGUUCCGGAGACGAAUGGAUUGGCUAAUAAUUCGGAAUCUCAGACUUCCGAGAUUCCGUCAAUUCCUGAUGAAACUAGUGGAGAUGAAGGAACACAAACUGUUUUAAAGAAAACGACAAAUUAUGCUGUUACUUGUGGUGCUAUGCCUUUGAGUAUCAUUCGUAUGCGUGUUGAUUAUGGGAAAGAACCGGAGCUGUUAGUUAAAUAUCAGGGAGAGCAAUUUGCUGAUGAAUGGGUUCCUCUCAGUAUUUUUAGUCAACAUGCUCAUCAAAAUUUGGUCAAUCAAUUUAUUUUCAAGUUUUUGUUUAAAGUUUGUAAUAUGCUUCGUGAGAGAGGAAUGGAAAUAUCAGAUGUUUCUACUUGAGAAAGAAUUAAAAUUUAUAUUAAAGUUUUGGUCAAUUAUUUAUUUUUGAAAAAUCAUUAAAUUAGGUAUGGGUUUAUGUUUUGAUAUCCGAUUAUUGUUUUAAUCAUUUCCCUCAAUUGGACAUUACAAUUUUUGGGAAUUACUGGUAACAUCAAUCAUCUUCCUUGUUUAAUUACUUUUUUCUCUCCAAAAUUUAUAAAUA